CAGUCUUGUUUUGACCACUCCGUCGCGCAAAUCGCAAAUACACAAAGAAUUCGCAGUACAGACUUGCAGAAAAUAUGUACCUUGGUAAGCUUACAGUGUUACAGUUUAUUCUGAUAUUCGCCGUAAAAUUGUGCUUGAGUGAAAACAAUGAACUAGGCGAUAUUUGCGAGCCCGAAUGCGAUGUAAGCAUUGAUGUAAUCAAACACUUUGCGGAUAAAUUGGGUUCGGUUGAACAACUGGUGAAGGGAAUAUUUGCCGGAAACGAGUCUCUACAAGCGAAGUCCUCACUUAAAAUGUAUGAACGUCUACCCACCAAUUGCAUGGAAGCUGCCGUUGACACCUUCAAAAGCGGCAUCUAUGAGAUUCAGUUCGAGCGAUUCAGUGAAACACCAUUUUCAGUUUGGUGUGACGAAGAAACUGAUUUUGGUGGUUGGAUUGUCAUUCAACGGCGCGUGAACAGUGAUGAGUCCUUCUAUCGGCCGUGGCUUACCUAUCAAAAAGGAUUCGGUAAUUUGUCUGCCAACUAUUGGAUAGGUUUGGAAAAAUUGCACGCGCUCACCUCGAGUUGUGAACAAGAAUUAUACAUAAAAAUGGAAACCUUCGAUGAUAGAAAUUAUUAUGCGAAAUACGAUGCAUUUGUAGUUGGUAGCGAAAAUGAAGACUAUGUUUUAAGGAAAGUUGGAAAAUACAGUGGAAAUGCCGGUGAUUAUUUGAAAUACCAUGAAGGCUAUAAAUUCUCAACAUACGACCGUGAUAAUGAUAAAAGUGAUCAAAAUUGCGCCUUAUUAUUAACAAGUGGUUGGUGGUACCAAAAUUGUUACUGGACCAAUUUAAAUGGUGACUAUGAGGAAAAAUUUACUCUCAAAGGUGUAACUUUGAACGGAAUAGAGAAAAAUAAAUCAUUGAAGUUUGUGCAAAUGAUGAUACGUCCAACAGAAAAAUGCAUGUUGCGCUUAUCAAUGAAAAGCUCUUUUGUACAGAGGAAAAAAUAAAUCAAAUAGAGAUUACGGCACACAAGCA